AUUUAAACUCUGUUUCAUCACCAGUAAGAUGAAAGUGCUGAGUAAAGUAACCUAAGGCUUGUUUCAAAUCUUGAAAUGUGAAUCCAUGUAGCGCCGACCUGGCUAUUUUAAUGUUUCAUGUUUGGGUUUUUGCUUUCUUGAUACCAUUUGUUCCUCAACAAAGGAAACCUAAUCACUCAGAACUCUGAGAAACACUGAUCACUAAAUAGGUCAAAAACAUCCUGCAAGAGAUGAAAGCAUUCAGAAGUUUUGCAGAAGGGUCCUGGGAAUAAAAGAUGCCGCAUUUUGUAAGAGAAACCCUAGAUGACCCUUAGAACAUCUAAAAGAAGUUAUGGACACUCUCUCCACCAAAAAGAAAAGAAAAAAGUCACCUGCACUGUAAAAGAGUACACAUUUUCAGAGGACUUGGGAAUUGGGGACCCACACUUAGCUUCCAAGAAGAGAACCUUUGGCACCAUCAACCUGUUUCCUGCAAGAGCUGUGCUGUGCACAUAGGACAGUAUAACAGCACAUGAAGUCAAGCAGAAUGUGACCUACAAUCGUUCUCUUCAACCUAAGUAUCUACUUCCUAAGUUUCUUGAAGAUCACCUGGCCUCUAGAAGAUGACAAGGAGACAGCAAGUCCUACAAGCAAAAAGGAGCAUUCAGCAAACAUUCCAAGCACAGCUUAUGCCCUGGAAGAGUAUGUUCCACGGGAGAGAAGUGAAGCCAGUGGGUCCAGACCUGGAACUCUCAGAGGCUGAGAAUGGUGUGGAGGAGAAAAAGAAAGCCUGCAGGUCGCCAACAGCCCAAUCCCCUACCCCAUCUGUGGAGGCGGACUCCCCAGACCAGAAGAAAAUCAUUAGCCUAUGGUCAAAAUCCAGUUUUGAUGGUGCCUCUUUAGCAAGUGAUAAGAACGACUGUAAAACAGAAAGCAAAAAUGACCCUAAGACUGAAAGAAAAAAGUCUUCAUCUUCCAGCCAGUACAAGGCCAAUAUGCACUUUCACAAGUUGUUUCUUAGUGUCCCAACGGAGGAACCACUGAAGCAAAGCUUUACCUGUGCUCUACAGAAAGAAAUACUAUACCAAGGAAAGCUCUUUGUAUCAGAAAACUGGAUUUGUUUUCAUUCCAAAGUCUUUGGAAAAGACACAAAGAUCUCUAUUCCAGCUUUCUCGGUAACCCUAAUAAAGAAAACCAAAACUGCUCUUCUAGUGCCAAACGCCCUGAUCAUAGCAACAGUCACAGACAGGUACAUAUUUGUCUCCUUACUCUCCAGAGAUUCAACUUACAAACUACUAAAAUCUGUGUGUGGACACUUAGAAAAUACAAGUGUUGGUAACAGUCCCAAUCCAUCUUCUGCUGAAAACAGUUUCCGAGCAGACCGCCCUUCAUCUCUGCCUCUGGAUUUCAAUGAUGAAUUCUCAGAUCUGGAUGGAGUGGUUCAACAAAGAAGGCAAGACAUGGAAGGAUACAGCAGUUCUGGUUCUCAAACUCCUGAAUCUGAGAACUCUCGAGAUUUCCAUGUGACAGAAUCCCAGACAGUUCUGAAUGUCUCCAAGGGAGAAGCAAAGCCAACUCGGGCAGAUGCCCAUGUGAACAGAGUACCUGAAGGAAAAGCCAAGAGUCUCCCUGUACAGGGUCUGUCAGAAACUGUUGGAAUCUUACAUAAAGUCAAGUCUCAGAAAUGUCCGAUGCUUCACCAUAUUCUUAUAUUCUAUGCAAUUGUUGUCUGUGCACUAAUCAUCUCGACCUUCUACAUGAGAUACAGAAUUAAUACUCUGGAGGAGCAGCUGGGGUUACUAACCUCCAUUGUGGACACCCAUAAUACUGAACAGGCAGCACCAUCUGGCCUGAGGUCACAAGUACAAUUCAAUGUGGAGGUUCUCUGUCAAGAGCUUACAGCUAACAUAGUGAAAUUAGAAAAGAUACAAAAUAACUUACAGAAGUUGCUUGAGAAUGGUGACUGAUCGACCAGAUUGCUCGGGCCAUCGGAAUACCUCAUGUUUCCCUUUGAAGAAGGUGCUUCCUGAGGCGUUUUGUUUGAGUGCACCCUGCUGGUCAGAGGCGCAAGCAGAUGAGAAUCCAGACAUUGCAUGUGGAGGACUCCAGCUCAGGAAAGUGGGGAGGGAAAUAAUUUUGGUUCUUGUGCAAUAAAAGUUGACCUUGACUCUCUGAGGAAGAUUUUGCUGCUUUUGCCUGAAGAAAACAGACCCAUCUCCGGAGGUCUCAGGAAGGGCCCAGCGAACACACUCUCUUGGAUAAUUACCAUGAUGGCGUCAGCAAACACUCCACCCUGUGCCUUUUUAGUCCUUCCCGCCCUCCUGCCUCUCCCUUACACCCCUCUUAACGACUUUCAAACUAAAGGAUACAUCAUAUACUGACAAACUCAAUGUGGUCCUUUCAAGAAUUAGCCAUGAGUCUCAAAAAGGCAAUAAAUGGCUCUAAGUGGACAGGUUUGCUUCAAACAAGUAACAUCUACAUUUUGUCUUUUUUUUUUUUAGUUCUCCUCUUAUGUUCUGGUUUAAAUCACCUGUGUGUCUUAAUUUCUCAAUUCCUUUUUGGCAAGAAUAUCAAGCAAGGUGGAUUUAACAUUAUGUUUAUGUUUUGUUUUGUUGCUGUAACUAAUAGUUAAUUGGACUGAUUCUUACCCAGCCCUGGUCAAGAAUCUGUAAGGCAUGUGACUGAAGUACUAAAUUAAACUUAUUUUGAAACCAAACCUAAUUUUUAAGCCAAAAGGUGUAAUAGUGAUUUAAUACAGGAUGAAAAACACUGAAUUUUUAAGACUAUAGGUGGACUAUGUUAGUAGUUUUCAAGCAGGAUGUCUGUAUUCAGCAUUCAAUAAUGCUAAAAUCCCUUUCAGCAUGAAAUUUGUAUGUUUUUAUCCUUUGCUGACUAAAAUAAAAUAACUGGUGGUUUGCUAACUAUUUACCAUAUGGGUUGGCUGGUUUUUAUUAAUAAUUGUUUAGGGUAUCAUAAGAUCUGUAAGUACAAAGGAUAUUCUGUUUCUAUCUGCAAUGCAUUUGAUAAUCAUUUCUAUGAAAUGUAUUUUAUUUAAUCAGAUAAGCUAAUAAGCGAAUUGGUUACAUUGUUUGUACCUAUUGGCCUAGUGGACAGCUGUGCCUGGUGCACCUCUGGCUUUUAAUAAAUACUCAUUGGUUGAAACACCCUGCUAA